AUGGGUGACAUGGAGUCCUACAAGGUGAUGCUGAAUGGGCCAGCACCCUGGGGCUUCAGGCUGCAAGGAGGGAAAGAUUUCAGCAUGCCGCUCUCCAUCUCCAGGCUGACGCCGGGUGGGAAGGCAGCACAGGCUGGUGUGGGAGUGGGAGACUGGGUGCUGUACAUCGAUGGGGAGAGCACCAGCUCCAUGACACACAUCGAGGCCCAGAACAGGAUCCGUGCCUGCGGGGACAGGCUCAGCCUCACCCUGAGCAGAGCCCAGAACCACAUGGGGAAGCCGCAGAAGGACUCACUCCCCUGCUCUGAACCCCUGAAAUAUAACUUCGCUCCCAGCACCGCCCUCAACAAAACAGCCCGGCCCUUUGGGGCCGGCUCACCUCCGAACCCACGGCCCGGGCUGGUGACGAAACCCGUGACGUACGCGCCCCUGGCGCCCGCCUGCACCCCCCAGCACAAUGGCCAGGUCUCUGUGCCGGACCCAUCCCCGGAAGCAGGGAUGAAGACUGAGGCAGGACUGG